AUGAGCCGAGAGCUGAGUGCCGCGGCAGUGGAGAGGCGCCAGUGUGCCGUCGGUGCCGGUGAGAAGCGCGUGCUGCCGCGGCCGGCGCCGCUGCCGGACCGCCUGACGGGCCGACCCGACACUCCCGUGGAUCAUGUCUCAGCUAAUGAGGCGGUGCUGGCACCAAUGGUGGCGGCAGGCAUUUCCAGUCUGCUGCUGGUGUACGGCAUCACCCUAUUCACAAUCACCCUGAGCAGAGGGCAGCUGUUCCUGAGGGCGGUGCCGCGCAGCAUUCAGCUCGGCGACAACGAGACGACAGCCCUGAUCAAGCAAUGCUACGGCGUGUACGGCUGUUUCGCCAUCACAAAUGAAUGGAUCUCACUGUCGCGACCCAUCAGUGUGCUACCCCAGUCUCCGAAGACGCUCAACGUCAAAUUCUGUCUGUUCACGCCCGAGAACCCGACAGAAUGUCAGGUGAGUUACUGCAUCUCCUCACU